AUGCCCUACUCCAGGCGCACAGUGGACUACACUGGACCGUACUUGAGGCUGCUGCAAGAGCGCCCGAAGCGGCCCAACAGAUAUGGCAUCAACCUGCUGCAGCCCACUGCUGCUGGUGCUCUCAGGAUCCUGCCCCCCAUGGGCUACAUCGACCAGCCUGCAAACAGCUUUGCCACCAAGUUCGUGCACAUGAGCUGGAACAAGGUGCGUGCCAGCUUCAAUGCAGUUACGUGGAACCAGGAGGGCAGGCGCUGCAUCACAGGCACGCAGGUCGGCGAGUUCACCCAAUGGGAGGGGCGAACCUUUGCCUUUGAACACAUCAUUCAGGCGCAUGAAGCUCCCAUCAGGACGGCCCGGUUCCUGCACAAUGGCGAGUACAUGCUGAGCAGCGACGACGCCGGCAUUGUCAAAUACUGGAAGCGGCAUCUCGACUCUGUGAAGGCGCUUCAGGCGCACAAUGAGUCCAUCAGGGGCAUCUGCAUCGCCCCCUCCGACCUCAAAUUUGCCACCGCCUCUGAUGACUCCACCGUCAAGGCCUGUCACAUUUGGCAGAUCUGGGACUUCAAGACGGCGCAGUUGGAGGCGACGUUGAGAGGCCACGGCGGGGACGUGAAGGCGUGCGACUGGCAUCCGUCAAAGGGCGUUGUCGCGUCGGCCUCCAAGGACAACGUGAUCAAGCUGUGGGACCCCCGCGGCGGCAAAGAUGCCCUCGCCACGCUGCAGGGCCACAAUGCAACCAUCAUGCAGGCACGCAAUAUUCAUAUAAUUGCACACAACGUGUCGCAGGUGCACUGGAACAUGAACGGGAACUGGCUGCUAUCAGCGUCUCGCGACUCGCUCUGCAAGGUGUACGAUGCGCGCAUGCUGCGCGAGCUGGCGACCUUCCGCGGCCACGUCAAGGACGUCACGUCCGCAGCGUGGCACCCAAUCCACGAGGACCUCUUUGUGUCCGGCAGCUAUGAUGGCAGCCUCUGCUACUGGCUCGUCUCCCACCCCAACGAGCCCCAGGCAAGCUGCAUUGCGCUCUCAUCCACUUUGCUGGGCGCGCACGAGGCGUCGGUGCUAAGCAUGGCUUGGCACCCGGCGGGGCACCUGCUGGCCACGGGCGGCGCCGACACGAUGACUAAGUUCUGGUGCCGCGCUCGCCCCGGAGACCCCUGGACCGAUCGCGCGCGCGCCGAGCAGGAGCAGGGCGCUACCACUGAGAGCGGUGCGGAGCAGAUUGUUGAAUGGAUUGUCCUAUGA